AUGGAUCAUGACUGGCACGGGAGCAGAAGAAGUGGUCACGGUGUGAGGAUGGUAUCCUCACAUGGUAAACGCUGUGAGGAUGAAGACGAAUCCGUCUACAUUGGUGUUCCGGUGUCACAGGGCAACAGGAGGAAGCGCAGGCGUCACCGGCACACAUCACGUCAUUCACACGACCGGGACAGUCGUGACAGACGGCACAGUCGUCACGAGCACACGGAUCGAGAGGAAGCAUGUGAGCCUGAUGAAGAGCGGGAUUCAAAUGAGCUGCUCACAGACAUCAACUCCGUCAUGUCCCCCGCUGCAGAGAGACUGCGUCACAUUCUCAGAGAGGACGAUGAACCCACACCCACUCUAUUCACUGAGAUGGACACACUGCAGCAUGAGGGAGGAGAGAUGGAGUGGAAAGAGUCGGCCCGGUGGGUGAAGUUUGAGGAGAAGGUUGAGGAGGGUGGAGAGAGAUGGAGUAAACCUCACGUGUCCACGCUGUCUCUGCACAGUCUGUUUGAACUGCGCACGUGUCUGCAGACCGGCUGCGUUCUGCUGGACCUCGAGGGAUAUUCACUUCCACAGAUCGUGGAUGACAUUGUAGAUAAGCAGGUGCAGGAGGGUCUUAUAGCUCCAGAGAUCCGUGAGAAGAUCAGUUUCGUUCUCCUGCGGAAGCACCGUCACCAGACCAAGAAGCCUAUCCAUCGCUCGCUGGCAGACAUCGGCAAAUCCAGUCCUCCCAACCCCAGUCCUCGCUCUACUUCAGGUUUUCAUCGCUCCACUGAGGACCUGCGUUCUCGACAGAGCGGAGGUCUCAGUAAACUGCAUCCAUCUCAGUGCCGCAGUAUGAAUGAUAUUUCCGUCACGCCCAGCUCUGAUCAGCUGAAAAACAAGUUCAUGAAGAAGAUCCCGAGAGAUGCAGAGGCGUCCAACGUUCUCAUCGGAGAGGUGGAUUUUUUGGACAAACCCUUUGUUGCAUUCGUCCGUCUGGCUCAAGCCGCUACACUCGGAGGUCUCACUGAAGUCCCCGUACCAACCAGGUUUCUGUUUGUUCUGCUGGGACCGAAUGGCAAAACCAAAUCCUACAAUGAGAUUGGCCGUGCCAUGGCUACUCUUAUGGUUGAUGAUCUCUUCAGUGACGUUGCUUAUAAAGCCAGAGACCGGGAGGAUCUGAUCGCAGGUAUCGAUGAGUUUUUAGAUGAGGUGAUCGUUCUUCCUCCAGGAGAAUGGGACCCAAAGAUUCGCAUUGAGCCUCCCAAAAAACUACCUUCAGCAGAAAUGAGGAAGUCGGUUUUCUCUCUGAAUGAACUCGGACAGCCCAAUGGAAAUGCAGGAGGAGGUCCGGCAUCCGCUGAAGAUGAGGAGAUGCCUGCUCCUCAUGAACUCGGAGAGGAGCUGGCGUUCACCGGCCGAUUCUGUGGUGGACUUUGGCUGGACAUCAAGAGAAAGAUGCCCUGGUUACUCAGUGACAUCUAUGAGGGUAUUCACAUUCAGUCCAUCUCCGCUGUGCUCUUCAUCUAUCUGGGCUGCAUCACUAACGCCAUCACCUUUGGAGGACUUCUGGGAGACGCUACAGAUAACUACCAGGGUGUGAUGGAGAGUUUUUUGGGCACAGCCCUGGCUGGUGCUGUCUUCUGUUUGUUUGGUGGUCAGCCCCUCAUCAUUCUCAGCUCUACAGGACCAAUAUUGAUCUUUGAGAAACUGCUCUAUGAAUUCAGCAAAAACAAUGACAUUGACUACAUGGAGCUCCGGCUGUGGAUCGGUCUCCACUCAUGUCUUCAGUGUCUGAUUCUGGUGGCCACAGACGCCAGUUACAUCAUCAAAUACAUGACCCGCUUCACUGAGGAGGGCUUCUCCAGUCUCAUCUCCUUCAUCUUCAUCUCUGAUGCCAUCAAGAAAAUGACAUCAACCUUCAACUAUUACCCCAUCGAUCGAGACUUUAAACCCGAUUACAUCACCACAUACAGAUGUGACUGCUUGCCACCUGAUCAAGUCUCAUCGUUGGCUCACAAUGAUUCUUCUGGAUUAGGCAUAUACAACUUCACCGAUUACCCAAUGUUUAACAUCUCGGCUGUGGACUGGAGUCAGCUGAAUAAGAAAGACUGCGUGAGGUUUGGAGGGUCUCUGGUGGGCAAGUCCUGUAAAUAUGUUCCUGAUCUGGCGCUAUUGUCUUUCUUCUUGUUCUUUGGCACUUACUCCAUGACCGUCUCUCUCAAGAAGUUCAAAGCCAGCCGAUAUUUUCCUACAAAGUGUCGUGCACUGAUAGGAGAUUUUGCCAUUGUAAUAUCCAUCCUGGUCUUCUGUUCUCUGGAUUAUGUGAUGUCAUUGGAGACGCCAAAACUGCAUGUGCCCACCCAGAUUAAGCUUCGAAAACUCAUCAGUGAUUUUGCAAUCUUCACCUCAAUCAUGACAUUUGUUGGUAUCGAUAUGCUUAUGGGCCUUAAAACCCCUAAACUGAUUGUCCCAACUGAAUUUAAGCCCACCCGACCAGAUCGUGGUUGGAUCGUCUUGCCUUUAGGAAAGAACCCGUGGUGGAUUUGUCUUGCCAGCUUUGUGCCUGCGAUGCUGGUCACCAUCCUGAUCUUCAUGGAUCAGCAGAUCACUGCCGUCAUUGUCAACCGUAAAGAAAACAAACUAAAGAAAGGUUGCGGUUAUCAUCUGGAUCUGUUCUGGGUGGGUAUCCUGAUGGCCGUUUGCUCGUUCCUGGGUUUGCCGUGGUACGUCGCGGCCACCGUCAUCUCCAUCGCACACAUUGACUCUCUAAAGAUGGAGAGCGAGUCCAGCGCUCCCGGAGAGCAGCCACAGUUUCUCGGUGUGAGGGAGCAGAGACUUACGGGCACAUUAGUGUUUGUCCUGACUGGAGUCUCAGUGUUUCUUGCACCAAUACUGCAGUACAUCCCCAUGCCUGUUUUGUAUGGGGUGUUUCUCUACAUGGGUGUCGCAUCUCUCCAUGGCAUUCAGUUCUGGGAAAGGAUAAAGCUUUACCUGAUGCCGGCCAAACACCAGCCAGAUUUUGCGUUCCUGCGUCACGUCCCCCUGCGUCGUGUACAUCUCUUCACGCUGGUGCAGGUCACCUGUCUUGCCGUCCUCUGGAUCCUCAAGUCCACUAUGGCUGCCAUCAUUUUCCCCGUCAUGAUUCUCGGUUUGAUGGUGGUACGGAAGCUGUUGGAUCUUGUCUUCUCUCAGCACAAUCUGGCCUGGCUGGAUGACAUCCUGCCUGACAAAGACAAGAAGAAGAAAGAGGACGAGAAGAAAAAGAAAGAGAAGAAGAAAGCGAAGGCGGAUGAACAGAACAGUGAUGAAGAGUCAAAGAAACCCAGAGAAAUCCCACCCUCAGUGAAGAUUCCUGUGGAUCUCAUGAAUCCAAACCCUCCCAACUCAGAUCCCUCAGUGUCUGACUGUGAGUAA